AGCGAGAAACUUUUCCAAUUUGGUGAGAAUCCAUUCCCUCACGAAAGUAACUCACAUUAAUAAUUAUUACACGGUUCAAAGAACUUGCGUGCUUCAUUAUCGAUUCCCUCGCAUUAAUUACCCUAUACUCUGUUAGGUACUUGACACUAUAAAUGUCUCCUUCCCCACUACGCGUAACCUACCCGCUACGCAAUCGGCGACACUCAUGGGACAACAAUCCAACGAUCUCUGGGAGGGUAAACUCACCGUCGAGCUAACCACCACCGCACCGGAACAAGCAUGGCCAGCUUUAGAGGAUUUCUGCAACCUACACAAAUGGAUCCCAAUAAAUACAUGUUACUAUCUUGAAGGUGUUGAAGGACAGCCUGGUUUAAUUCGAUACUGUUCUUCAGAGGUUGUUGAAGAUGCUGCUGCGGUUGAGUCUGAGACGACGGUGAAGUGGGCGAAAGAGAAGCUGUUGGCUAUGGAUCCUGUACGACGGUGUUUGUCGUAUGAAAUUGGUGAAAACAACAUGGGGUUUAAGUCUUAUGUGGCGACGAUGAAGGUAAUUCCGGUGGACGGCGAAGGUGAAAGUGUUGGGUGUUUGAUUGAAUGGGGGUUUGUUUGUGAUCCGGUGGAAGGUUGGAGUAUUCAAGAUUUUAGCUCUUAUAUUGAGUACUGUCUUCAGUUCAUGGCUAACAAGAUUGAGGUUGAAGCCUCUCUAACUGGUUAGAGUUAAUUGAGAAAUAUGAAAGAUGAUAUGGUGAUGUUAGAAUUUAGAAUAAAUUGGGUUUUUUUUAUGUGUUUUGUUCUUCAUGAACUAAAACAUAUGUGGCUAAUGGGUUUCAAGUUUUUUACCAUCUUUUGUUGUUAUCACUUUGUAAUGUUUAAUAAACUUAAAAUGUUUGACUA